CAAGGGUCAUUAUCUUUUGAAAUAAUUCACUAAAAUCAAUAUUUUAAAAAAUCGUUUGUAUUGAUAUAAAUAUUUCUACGUAAAAAACACUUUUUGUAAUAAAGAGUAUCCAAACUGGCCAACUGAACAUUUUCUAUCUCCAUCUAUUUUCAGAUUUAGGUACUUUUCUACGAGUGUAGCGUUUUCGCAGCAAACCAGUGAUGAUAAUCUUUUAGUUUUAAUUUUGUAAAUUGAUCGUUUCCCGUAGUGAAAAAAGUCGUGGAAACAUAUAAUUAUUCCUGUGAAAGUGCAUCAUCUCAAAAUACUCUUGUGCGUAGCGUUAAAAUGCGUUCUGUUGAAGUGUCGAAACGGAUGGUGAGCGAUGGCGAGAAUACGGUGAUAGAUUUUUGAUGUUAAAUUUUGCUCCGUGUCAUCAUCGCUACAGAUUUCGAUCACGACAUUUCAGUACAUAAACCGUUUUGUAUCGCCAUUUCAAGUGUUGUAAUUAGCAAAUCUUCAAUAAUCUUGAACGAUUAUUGUAAAAGAAAUAUAUUGUCAUUGACUGACCGGCUGAUAUUACACGAGGCUUGUAUGUAUAUGUGACUUCUACCUUCUGCUAUUCGUGACACGCCUCAGAAAAUAAAGUCAGAUUUGUGAAUCGAAUUAUUUCUUUUUGUUAUUGUGUCAUUUUAGUGAUAUAGACGUUUUAAAAUUACGUAACUGUUGUGGAAUCUUAUGUGUAGAAUGGCCUGAGUGUGACCACUCCAUUACCGUCAUGUGUGACGAAGGAAUGUUUGUUUAGGCUCUAAUAUUGUGCUACGACCUUACGGGAAGUGCGCGUUCGUCUCGUGGACUGGGCCGGAUCAUGACUCUGCCCGAACCAAAACAAGUUACGCAUUGAUCACUAUCGACGUUUUGUCACUUUGGACACUUUUUUAUCGCCAAAAUGUCUUCGGGAACGUUUGUGGACAGGAUUGAUCCUUUCGCCAAGCGGUCGCUGAAGAAAAAGACUAAGAAGUCGCAAGGCUCCUCCCGAUACCGCAACACGCAGGACGUGGAGCUGCAGGCGCUGCCGCUGCUCAAGGAUGUAGCCAGCAGUGAACAGGAGGAGCUAUUUAUUCGUAAACUACGACAAUGCUGUGUAGCAUUUGACUUCAUGGAUCCUGUCGCUGAUUUGAAGGGGAAGGAGAUUAAACGUGCCACGCUGAACGAGCUUGUAGAGUACAUUACUGGUGGGCGUGGGGUGCUUACUGAACCUGUCUACCCAGAGAUAAUAAAAAUGAUAUCGGCCAACCUAUUCCGCACUCUACCCCCGAGCGAAAAUCCUGAUUUCGAUCCUGAGGAAGACGACCCGACUCUGGAGGCCUCGUGGCCACAUCUCCAACUAGUCUACGAGUUUUUCUUACGUUUUCUGGAGUCUACCGAUUUUCAGCCCACUAUCGGCAAGAAGGUCAUUGACCAGAAAUUUGUAUUGCAGCUUCUAGAUUUGUUCGAUUCGGAAGACCCACGAGAACGUGAUUUCUUGAAGACGGUUCUUCACCGUAUCUAUGGAAAAUUCUUGGGGCUGCGUGCUUUUAUACGGAAACAGAUCAACAACAUAUUUUUGCGAUUCGUUUAUGAAACUGAACAUUUUAACGGCGUAGGGGAGCUGUUAGAAAUAUUGGGAAGUAUAAUAAACGGCUUCGCUCUGCCACUGAAGAGCGAGCACAAACAGUUCCUGGUGAAGGUCCUGCUGCCGCUGCACAAGGUGAAGUGCCUGUCGCUGUACCACGCGCAGCUGGCCUACUGCGUGGUGCAGUUCCUGGAGAAGGACGCCACGCUCACCGAGCCCGUGGUGCGCGGCCUGCUCAAGUUCUGGCCCAAGACGUGUUCACAGAAAGAGGUGAUGUUCCUGGGCGAGAUUGAAGAGAUACUGGACGUGAUUGAGCCUGCGCAGUUCGCCAAAAUCCAGGAACCUUUAUUCAGACAAAUAGCUAAAUGUGUCUCCAGUCCGCAUUUUCAGGUGGCAGAAAGAGCAUUGUACUUUUGGAACAACGAAUACAUAAUGUCUUUGAUGGAAGAAAACAACCACGUUAUAAUGCCGAUAAUGUUCCCGGCUCUGUACCGAAUCAGCAAGGAGCACUGGAACCAGACCAUCAUCGCGCUCGUGUAUAAUGUCCUGAAAACAUUCAUGGAGAUGAACUCGAAACUAUUCGAUGAGCUCACUGCUAGCUAUAAAGCAGAACGGCAGAAAGAGAAGAAGCGCGAGAAGGAGCGCGACGAGCUGUGGAAGCGGCUGGGCGAGCUGGAGAUCAGCCACAAGCGCGGCGCGGGCGCGGCGCCGGCCAAGUGAUGCCGCCCCCAAGCCACACAUAGAAUACUGCGAUCCGUUUUAUUUCCAGUUAUGUAUUGAUAUUUUCUAUUCGAUUACACUUUUGUUAAUGACGUUAUUAAUUUUUUAUACCUCUGAUGAUUCGUUCGUUCGGGUGUGAGCUCGGGCUGUCGGUGGAUUCGGUUCGCUCGCGAGCGCCGGGCCGCGAGGUUCGGCCUCGUGUCGAUUUACAAAUUACUUUAGUGCUGUCGAAAUGUCCGCGUCCCGAAUGCACUGUCAUUAUUGUACUAGUAUUUUAUAUACGUUUACAUAGGUCACUAGUUUACUUUAGGGUUUUUUAAUAAUGUUAAAUUGUUUAAAUAAGUUAAAAGUUGUAUGUAUUAUUGAUGCAUGAUCGAUUGUAACGCAUUUCGGAUCACCGAUAAUUGUAUUAAUCGGGCACCCAGCUUUCGGCUGAAUAUGAUUGUACAAAAAUUAAUAGGGAAUUUGAAGAUGUAAUUUGUUUAGAAAUCGGGCCCGGGGCCGUCCGCCGCGCGGGUCCGUCCGUAGAUCGUUGUAUGAAAUUUUUAUUUAAAAUUAGACGCUCGAUUCAACAAUGUAAUUUUGUCGUACUAUCAUUUUGUAUAGUUACAUAGUGUAAAUAGGCAUUUAUUUAUUAUAAAUUUAUAGCAGUGUGAUUUUUAUACAUAGCGGCGGGAGUGGGACACUAUUGGGCAAUCGGUCGGAGCGAACUGGAGACUAUUCUGUGGCACGCGUACAGCUCGGCUAACUGAAGCGUUUCUUUGAUCAUAUUGGAGUAGAACAAUGCUAAAAGUAGAUAUGAUAAUUUGUAAGGGAAUAGUCAUUAAUUUGUAUGAUAUUACUGUAGCGAUUAAUUUUUUCUAUCAUCACUUGUAGAGCGGCCGGCGGCGGCGCCCGGCACUCGAGCGCGACCACCGGCGCAUCAGUAUGUAUGUAUGUACACUAUGAAGAUGUUUGUUAUGUAAAAUGUAUUAACAUUGCAAAAAUUAUAUAUGAUCUUAAAUAUAAAUUACUAUUAUAGAACACAGUAUGAAAAUAAAAAAGUUGACUCACAUGAA